CUGAGAUUUGGGGCCUGAACUGGGGAGGAACGGGAUCUCUUCCCUUGCAGAGGGCGCAGUGCUGGCUGCCCCUAAACCAGAACCUGGGGUCGGCCCUUCUUAUUGUUUGUCGGGUGGGGAACUCAAGCACUGGGGGAUGAAGGGACUUGCCCAAGGUCAGACAAAGAAUCUGGGGCAGAGGCGGCCACGUGUCUCCUGGGUCCCAGCUCAGUGCCAGCUCCUGGGUCCCUGGCUCACAAGUCAGCGGAGCAGGGCUGGAGACCUGGGUUCAAUUCCUGCUUUGGACAGCCCGCUGAGCGUGAGGGAUGGAAACCAUGAGAUGGUCGCCUCUGGGAAGCUCUGGCCCAUGCUGGUUGCCGUGACCCUCUGCGUGCUGUUCUGCUUGGGGGCGCUGGUGGAGGCCUACCCCCCGAAACCAGAGAACCCCGGAGAUGACGCCUCCCCGGAAGAAAUGGCCAAAUACUUCUCUGCCCUUCGGCAUUACAUCAACCUAGUGACGAGGCAGCGGUAUGGGAAGAGAUCCAGCCCCGAGGCCUUGAUGUCCGAGCUGCUCUUCGGGGACAGCAGCGAUCACGCCGACAGAUCGCGGUACGAGGACUCCUACCUAUGGUGACGGGCUCCCUGCUCCCCCACCCCGGUCUCUUUUUAAAUGUUCCGAGUCUUUUGGUGUCAUUUGCGUUUUUAAUUGAACCCUGAGGAGCUGGAAAUCUCUCUGCAAAGAGGGUCAUCCCUCCUCCCCCCCGACUCUUUCCCGGCCCCGUCCCCAGCCCCACCCCAGCCCCCUCCGAGGCACCGAGACCUCCCCCCCAUACAGCACCUGGAGAGGCUGCACCGCCGUGCUCGGCGCUGAGGACCACCCCCCAACCCCACGGCGGGGCUCACAGAGAUGGAUGUGGGCCCUGGGGGCGCGGGGCAGGGGCGCCUCUCUGGGUUGUCGUUGUAAUGAUGUCUGUGUGCAGUGGCCAGUCUGAGCGGCUGGAUCCCGACCCCUCGCUGUCCCCCCGAAUCGGGUUGAUUUUAUUUUGUACGUCAUUUAUAUAUAUAUAUUUCCAGUGGAGCCUCUGGUCUCUGCCUCCAUAAUAAAGAGCAAGUUGAACGGAAA